AGGGUUAAAAAUAGCACUGCACACACGCCAUCUAGCCUCGGCUUGAUUGAGUGGUCGUCUGCAACGAAAUCUCAACAUUUUUCGACGGAAUUUCCAUCUGUUUGGAGCAAACAACCAGGAGUUUAAUUUGGAUUUGUACAGUCUAAUAGGCAUCAUCACCCAUUGAAAUUUCCGAUUUCAGGAGGGCAUUCCCUUUUCUUGAAGGAAAGAACACCCCAGAAGGAGGAGGACAAAGCUUGUGGGCAGUAAAAGGUUUGUGGGUGGACAAAACAACACAAUGGACAGGAGACACUUACUUAGUGUUGCUGUCUGCCUCCUUGGCUUGUCAACUAUUUCGCUUGCACAACAAGAUGCUGCUGCCACAGCCGAAACACAAGACUCAACCAAUGGGAAUCCUCCGGGCACUUCACCCCCAAAGAUCACAAAGCAAUCCCCCUCCUACUUUGUGGUCUUACCGAAGCAGCCUGUGUCCAUUGAAUGUGAGGCUUCAGGGACUCCAGCGCCUGGGUACUACUGGAAAAAAGAUGGUGCGGUUUUGAGCAUGACGGGACUGUACUCCAUGGAUGGAGGCAACCUGGUGGUACGGCGGCCGAGCGAGCUCACCAAUGGCAUUUACAGAUGCUUUGCCAACAAUACGUACGGCACGGCCAUGUCUGAGAAGAUCGAAUUCGUCAUAGCUUUUGCUGAUGGAUUUAAAGACAGCGAGUCCACCACCUUCACCUUUGAUGAGGGCCAGCUGGCCACCAUCCCCUGCAACCAGAAAGAGAGCGUGCCGGCGCCUUCAGUCUUCUGGACAGACGAUGCCAACCCAGGCAACAAGAUCCCCUUGGACAACCGCGUCAGCAUAGACCCUGACUUCAACCUGCGCUUCUCCAACAUCAGGGUGUCGGACACCGGCAACUACCAGUGCAACGUCAAGAAUGACAAGCUGCGUGUUCAGCUUCUGUCUCCCAUCAAGGAGAUUGUGGUCAGAUCAGUUGAGAACGUUGAAGGCAGGCCCGCCACCUUGGUCUACACUCCCCCAGCCUCCGUGGAGGCUUUCCGUACCGAAAAGCUUCGCUUAAAAUGCAUAGCUGAAGGAUUUCCGACGCCAACCAUCACCUGGAACAAGGAAGGUGAGACACUGCCGGAGGAUCGCACGUCGUACGAGAGCUACGGCCAGGAACUGGUCAUCAGUGAUGUGGUCCAAACAGACGUCGGCUCCUACAAGUGUACGGCUGAGAACGGAGCUGGAACACCCACCUCCUUCACAACGACUGUCACUGUACAGUCGACACCCUAUUGGCAGAACAAACCAGAGGACACUAAUGUUGUGAUCAACGAUCGGGGAGUGCUGGACUGUGAAGCAGAAGGCAUCCCAGUUCCCAGGGUAACGUGGCUGGUGAACGGUGUACCCUCUACAGAUAUAGCACCAAAUCCUCGUCGCACCAUCACGGAAGGUGUCGGAGGAGGCAGGGUGGAGAUUAGAGAUGCCAUCACUGAGGACAGCGCCGUGUUCAUGUGUGUGGCCACCAACGAACAUGGCGAGAUAUUUGCCAGCGGCUUCCUCAAUGUGGAAUCGAGACCUGCUGAAAUGACUGAUGCCCCAAAACGAAAUGAGAUCACCAUCGAAGGGAAAGGAUUUGAACUGACAUGUGCCGGUCAGGGCUCACCGAAGCCAGUCAUCACCUGGACGUUUCAAAAUAAUCCGAUCAGUGACACUGACCCAAAGUACAGCAUCGUGGAAGACGGCAACACUGCGAGCACCACAAGCACUCUAACGGUGUCUGGGGUGAGCAUUGCUGAUGGCGGUGACUACAAAUGCGUCAUUGAAAACGGCUUUGGAUCAGUGAUGGCCACGUCGACUGUGACAGUUCGAAGAGGCACAACGAUCAUCGUGGGACCUGGGGAUGAAGUGUUCGUAGAGGAAGGCCUCGAAGUGGUUAUCGAGUGUGAGGUAGAUCAUGACGAAACGCUAGAGCCAACGGUCACUUGGUACCGCGACACCGGGGCCGGUCAGGAGCAACUGGACCUGAGCCUCCCCGGUGGCCGCUUCCGACGCGCUAGGACCGGCUCGGACAGCCUGAAAGUGCUGAACACCGUAGUGGAGGACACAGGGACGUAUGAAUGCCGGGCAGUCACAUCUGAGGAUGAGGCUUCGGCGUCCACCCAGCUGGUCGUUCAGACUGCGCCCAGCGCCCCAUCUGCUCCCAUUGUGACGCAGCGAUCUGAUGUCUCAGACACCAUGGUGGCCCUGUCAUGGACCAGCGGUGGUGAUGGCAAUGCCCGCAUCACGGAGUAUAUCAUCUCCUUUGAGACCAACUUUGAUGACCUGGGCUGGCAAGUGAUUGACACCGUCUCGGCCCCCUCCACCCAGGCUUCCCUGGACCUCUCCCCCUGGGUAACCUAUCAUUUCCGGGUGGUGGCUGUCAACGACAUUGGACAGUCCCCGCCGAGUCCACUGUCCGAGUCCUAUUCCACAAAUCCAGCAGCCUUGACAGAAGCCCCAGAGAAUGUUAAACUGGACGCCACCGAUCCUGGCAAGAUGCGGGUGACAUGGCCAGAAGUGCAUCCGUACGACCAAAAUGGGCCAGAAUUCAAGUACAUCAUAAAGUGGCGGGAACCUGGUGAUCAAGCAUGGAUGGGGAAUGAAGAGAUCAUAGAAUACGAGGUCACCGAAUAUGAGAUUGACGUCGGAGAAAUGUAUAAGGAGCUGGAGGUGCAGGUCCUGUACAGCAACAGUUUGGGACCGGGGCCGGCCUCAGAUUGGUCAGGCUUCACAGGGGAAGGAACUCCCACCCAAGCACCCCAGAAUGUGGAAGUGAAUGCCGAGGACUCGUCCACUGUUGUCAUCACCUGGGAUGAAGUGCCAGACAGCACCGUCAAUGGCCAGCUCCAAAGCUUUUUGGUGUACUAUUCCAUGAUCGAGGUCCAGGCCCAGGGCCAGAGUCCGGCUGAGUGCUUUCCCAACACCGACUGCCGUGUACAGAACCUCACCCCUUUCCAGUCCUACGAGUUCCAGGUAGCCGUCCGUAACGGCCAACACGUGGGCCCAAAGUCAACGCCUGUGACAGUCAAGAUGCCCCAAGGAGAAUCGGGACCUGUGUAUGAGUUGACAGCAUUUCCCCUAUCUGACCGCAUUGUGGUGAAGUGGGGAAAGCCAGCUUCCCCGAAUGGUGUCAUCACGGGAUACCAUCUCAACAUCAGCUCUUAUGACAACAAUAACAGGUUGGGCAAUCAGACGGUAGUGCCCAUCAGUGACGCCGAGACCACCACCUAUGAGGUCAAUCCUGCAGAGCCUGACACCAACUACUACAUCGUUGUGCAUGCUGUUAAUGGAUACGGCCUUGGCAAAUUUGAUACCGUGGAGCCUAAGACAAGACCUGCAGGUGCACCAGUAAAGCCCAUCGUGGCUGAGAGUCAGAUUGCUCCAGGGAAGAAGUACAUCAAUGUGACCUUUGUACAGAAGGAUGACGGUCCUGCGGCCAACCAGUUCUACGUGCAGUACAAGGAAGCAAACAAAGAAGACGCUGAGUUGAAGACGACCCCUCCUUUGGAUCUCCUGAAGGGCAGCAUGAUUACGGUGCCCGACCUGCAGCCCGGCACAGAGUACCUUGUGACUGUUGUUGCUGCCAAUGAUGACGGGGAGACAAUUGGAGAUGAGCAGACUACCAAGACCAUUGGAGGAGCUACUCAGGCAGCCAGUCCCAUCUUUGUGCAGGGGUGGUUCAUCGUUGUGCUGAUUGUCAUUGUGGCCUUGCUGUGCAUCUUGCUGGUGCUCUGUAUCCUGAAGAGCCAGAGGGGAGGAAAGUACAACGUGUCAGAUAAGGAGCAACAGCGAAAGGGCGACAUAGAGAGCACGCCCCUCAAAGACGAGGGGGGAUUUGAGGAGUUUGAACCUCGCAAGGAUAACCCAGAUGGGGAGUUACCUCGUGGUUCCCAAGGCAGCCUGCGCGACAGUGAGCCAGGCAGCAGCGACACUGACAGCCUGAAGGAGUACGCCGAUGGCGAACUUGGCAAAUUCAAUGAGGAGGGCUCCUUCAUUGGCCAGUAUGGGGACAAGAAGCAGCGGCCGACAGAGGACACCGACCAGAGCGGUGCCGCCUAUUCCACGUUUGUCUGAAAACCUGUCUCAUUUAUCUGAGGCCUUCCUCUUGCAUCUGAGGACCUUCCUUGUUCCCCUGAGGACCUUCCUCACUUGUCUGAGGACCACGCCCCCUCAGUUCAACAGUAGGGUCCACUGAUAGUGCUUUUAGAUGAGUUUAAGUAUGUAGGAAUAAAGGACAAUGGGUGUGGUCGCCCAGUCUGCCUAUCCUUUUUCUUUUUCUCUUUCCGGAACUACUUGGAGCGUGCUGUGCUGUGCUGUGGAGGGAUAUGUGCAUCUGUACUCCUUCAAAAGGGGCAGAAUUUUAUUCUUACAAUUCUAGAUAAAAUCUAACUUCAUAAGGUCACAACUUGUAAGCAUUCUAUGCCACUGUGUAUUCAAUACUUGCAUCUAUCGCUAUGUGUAUGGUGGUAUCCUAAAAUAAAAAAUUAACUUAGAGGACAGAAUUAUGCAUCAGUGGAUUUUUAAUCAUCUGUUAACUUCUAGCUCCAGUUCGAACAAAACAGUCAAGUAACAUUCCUAGAAUUCCUAGAAUUGCCAAAUUGACAAAAAAGAAACUAAAGAUUUCGGGCGACUCAACCAAAAAUGUUGAAAAGUUCCUUUUUAAGAUGUAACAUAUUUUUUUCUUUGGUGAUUUUUAAACCAAUAUUUCUUCCACCUGUGAAAAUAUUACAAGACUGAUCAUGGUAGAAUUUUUCGUGUAAAAAGUGGCUGAAGUUGUGCUCACGUGAAGUCGUAAGUUAAAAGAGAACAGAAAAUUCAGUACUGGAGUGAUCUGCGGAAAAGCACCACUAAAGUAAUAACUGUUGCAUUAAUUAAUGGCUAUUACCAUAAUAUUUUCAGUUGCCUUGUUUAUCAAAGACAGUGUCAAAGUCAACUUGUUUUCCUUUUGGCUUUGACACUUUGUUAUUAUUACGUUUUUUAAUAUACAGGAAAACGUUGUGGAGGAUUUUUGUUACCCUUAGCCACUGUGACACUACGCCCUGUAAUGGGGCUCACUUGUCUAUCAAUGUAACACGGUGUAAUCAAAUACACUGUAGUGGGACUGUUUAUAUUAGAACAAUUAAGUAAAACAAUUAGCCGUUAAAGAGAUACAUGUAGAUUACCGUUGACGCACUUCAGAUUGUAUGUUAGGAAUUUGUACUAUAAACAUAACGACAGCCUCGCCUUCUGGGCACCGUCAACAUCCUCGUUUCUGUGCUCCAGUAGACACGGCAAUCAACAGAAUCUGUCAUAAAAUGGUUUAGGGAAUAGCAUCAAUUUUGUGAGGCACCAGUUGGGUGUGGUUCAAGAAGUAUGUUACCAUACAGAACUGGCGGUCUGUCUUUGCCGAGAGUUGCACCUACCAGUGGCUGUGAGAUUUUGCAUAGGCGACCAUGGUUUUAGAGUCAAACUUAAAAGCUGCAUUCAAGCUGCAAACUUCCGUUGUCAGUUGUUCUUCCACAGGUAGGCUAGAUACAAUUUCAGUCAAAGACACAUUGUUUCUUGAUUUUAGAUAUUUUUUGUCUCCUCGACUGUUCCUGGCUGGGACGUGGUGCAGUGCCAUUUAUGCUCCCGUCUAUCAUGGAACACUGCACAGCGUUUGGACUGAAAUGGUGCUGAGAUGUUAGUGCACAGGCAUGGAGCAUGAUAUCAGAAUAAACAUGACACAGUUGUGUAAACCUGGGGGCACUGAUCUCAUCAAGCUACUCACUGAAGAAUCUUGCUGAACCAUACACAUGUAUACAUAUGUGCUAAGCGAACACCAGCUGGAAACCAGGUACCACAAAAUGCACAGGACAUGGCAUUUUGGCUGGUAAUCUGCUUCUGCUAUGGAUAUUAUCAUCUUUACUUAGCCACUUUCUGUGCGCAGAGGUCAAACUAGGCUCAGCUUAUUCCAAGAUCUCUACUCGGCAACAAAAGGUGUACGGUGAAAGUGUCAGACGGUGUGAGUGAACUGCUGAUAGAGUAUUGCACCAACCAGCUUGGAUCAGUCUUCAGUCACGUUUCUGGGCUCAUCAAGGCCCAAAUGCAUAGCACUGCUUAAAUCUGAUUUUGUUCUUAGCGAGCCUCCAUCUAUCUCACAGAACAUUAAAGAUACAGAAUCCUCCAUGUGUACCUGACUGUCAGCACAUCUACGCCAUGAAAAAGUAGAUGAGCACCAACGUCAUAUUUUAUAGUAAGCACAACUUCCUUGCUCAAUCUUAAGCAGCGCUAUGAAAUUGGGCCCAGCUACCACAAGUUGCUUAAUCUUUCUACUUAGCCAACUAAUAAGAUAAUGAGCGUAAGUGUCUGUAUACGCCCGUAUUUUCUGGAAGAGAUUCACGGUAUGUGUGAGUGGAUUGGUGCAUGCGCGCUCGAAAUUUAUAGAUGACCAUUGUAAGGCGCAGAAAUUGCUCAGUUGCUUUGAAAAAAAAGUACUCGAUGAUUUGGAAACUUAACGCAAGAUUUAAAACAACCAUCCUUUCCUUUAAUUAAAAAAAACCCACUUGAUUUGGAUGAAUAUGUAUAUUGUAAAGGCCUUCGGGCACAAAGGGAGGGUUGACUAAUUGUAGCUUUGGUACACUCUCUUGAGUGGGUCAACUUAGUUCCACAUACUGUACUUAGAUUUAGAUGCUGUAAAUUAAAGCAACCAUUGUACAUUGUACUGUGAAGUUCCACAACUUCAUCGUGUAUGGUCUUAACGCGUUGGUGGUAACAGCAGGAUUUUGAACAGGACCGCGCCGUUUUUGAUGUUCGUGUACACUGUAAUUAACGUUUUAUCUUACACCGUAGUAGUCGUGAUGCGCUAGAUUGUAGCGAUGCUUGCAUUCUUAUCACAUGUGUUGAACUAAGCAAAGUUGUAUAAUAUUGAAAGAAAAAGCCCCAUUUGUUGGGUCCCCCUUACGGGUGCCUCCGGACAAAUUGAAAGGUGUCUAUAUAAGUUUUGCAAGUUGAAAUAUUUGCAAAUGUUUUUCGUUGUGUGGUCUUGUUUGUCUUUUUUUAACAAGUUAUAUCGAGAUGUGCUUCGUAGAUUGGCGUUUGUGUUAAGUCUGUGUACUUGCCAAGCUUACAGUCAAGCCCUGACACAAAUGCAAGUAGCUAUUUACAUCGUAGAAAGACUGCAGUUUAUGUAGUCCCAGAUGACUAAUUCGUGGAGUUUUGAAGCAAGAUAUUUUUAGUUGUCAGUGUGUUUUAUUGCGUAUGGAAAUACACUUUUUAGGAUCUUGUUUCCUAGAGAGUGAAACUUGUCCCCUUCCCAUGAUGCAAUUGGAUGGUUAUCAGCCGUUCGUAAUGGGAAUGAUAGGAUAUUUAUUGACUACGCUUGUAUUAUAUUUUAAUUUGUAACUGUAUCAUGUGGUUUAUUAAUCUUUUAGCGUUGUAACUUUAAGCAUCUUUCAUACAUUUUUAAGGAUACAGUUUAUCUCACUGUUGUACAAGUAGUGUUCAAUUUUUUUUUUCAAGCAAGAUAACGUGUAGCGUCGUUGUAGGUUUGUUAGCACUGCAGUUAGAUGGAAUGGAUUCUGUAUUCAGCAGCAUGGUAAUUGUGUGCAUAACAAGGUUUUAAAUGCAAGUCUUGCAGUGGUGGGCACGUGUUGAGGGCGUGCGUUGGAGAACAGCAAGCGGCAGCUCACCCCUAGCCAGGCAGGGCUCGAGUCAACUAACCACGACUGGAAGUGGCUGCAGGCCAUAGCCCUAGAUACUGGCUUCCGUAAACGCACGGGCUUGGUUACAACUACAACCACAGCCACGGUCACGAAACGUGCAGAAAAGGGGACACUUUGGCCGAACAGUGCUGUGGAAAGGCAAACAUUGACGGAAACCUCGGUGGUUUGUAAUCUACAGCGAGUUCUUGGGAUCACUUCAAGUUCUGAUCAUAGUGUUGAGGCAGGUGAACCUAAUCCUGUCGCCCGAUGCGACGAUCCUCAACUUUAACAGUUAGUGGGUCAGGCAGCGCACACCGUCGAAAUAGGUCAACCUUGGAAACCCCGCCCUCGUGCAAUUGCAUUUUGGCAUUUCAGAGUUUGCAAAAGCUUUCAGCGGGACUGGGCAUGACGCUUGGAAUCGGAUUUUGCCAGUGGAAGCCGUCAUUUUAUUAAUAUAUUGAUUUUGUUGUGCACUCGUUCCACACGUGGAAAUACGGACAACAGCUUCUGGAGAGUGGAUUCUUAGACUUUUGGUCGUAUAUACGUUUGGGCAGGGAACCAGUAGAGCGAACAUGCCAACUCGCUCUUGUGAGCAGCUUACUAGUACCGGCUGCAGGGAUUGUGCAAAGGAAAAAGAAGAAUCCAUAGCUGUCAUCUUGAUUGACAGGGCUGGUUCCAGUUUUAAGUAUUGUUUCAUCGCAGUUUACUUGGUGUUACAGUUUCGCCUGCCUGAUAACUCCUGGCCCAUCCACACGUAAAGGUAAUUGUUGAGACUAAUACAUUAGAUGGGCAUCUGCUUGUAAACCGAUCGGGGUAGUGUUUUUAUUAAAGGGUGCAUCUUGUAUAAAAAUGAAGUAAUCGGUUUUUGUUUUCACAGUAGAAGUGAUGAGAAUUUCAAUUGUGUACAAAAUCGCUGAGUAUUGCUACGUAUGGCUUAUGAUGGUUUUGACUGGCUUUUCAACUUUGUUUUUUCCUUAAAUUCAAUACAUAAUAGUGCUAAUAAUCCGAGGUUGAAUAACUUCCGGUUAUUUAUCGCCGUCGGUGUUACCUGUAGUUGAUGCCAAUUCUCCUGUUAAUCAGUACUGUCCAAAUGGCUUUUUCAUUAAUAUCUGUUGUUCAAAUAAAAAAAAAGUUUCAAAAAUA